AUGCUGUCCGUUAAGGUCCACACCAAUCUUUGCAAUCCAAAGCAAGCCGCUCGGUUAUCUAGAGCUGUGGCACCCUUACUUCACAAUUCUACUCUUGGGUAUUCAACAGGAAUCCAUGUUGGGCUUGUCGCGCCAGUCCAACAUAACGGAGGUUCACGAGCCUUUUCCACGACGCCCGUAACGAACUUUAAGGAUUUCUUCCCAGCAAAGGAGACGGAAAAUAUCCGACGUACGCCUGCAGCAUGGCCUCAUCAUGGCUAUACUGAAGAGGAAAUGCUCAAUGUUGUUCCCGCUCACCGUCCAGCCAAGACCUGGGGAGACUGGGCCGCCUGGAAGUUUAUGCGUUCGUGUAGAUGGGGAAUGGAUUUCUUCACGGGCAUGAAAAAGAAUCAAAAAGUGGACAAAGCGAAUCCGACUACUGCCGUAGAUACGAUCCAACCCCUAACAGAAAGCCAAUGGCUGCUACGAUUCCUAUUUCUCGAGUCCAUUGCCGGUGUCCCUGGAAUGGUUGCGGGAAUGUUGAGGCACCUCCAUAGCAUCCGACGGCUGAAACGAGACAACGGUUGGAUUGAGACACUCCUCGAAGAAAGUUAUAACGAACGAAUGCAUCUCUUAACUUUCAUCAAGAUGUGCGAACCAGGCUGGUUUAUGAAGUUCCUACUGCUCGGUGCUCAAGGGGUUUAUUUUAACGGUCUUUUUAUAACCUACUUAAUAUCACCAAAGAUCACACAUCGAUUUGUGGGCUACCUAGAAGAAGAAGCCGUACACACGUAUACGCUAGCCAUCAAGCAAAUCGAAGACGGCCACCUUCCAAAAUGGUCCGACCCGAAUUUCGUCGUACCUGACAUCGCUGUGAAGUAUUGGCAUAUGCCAGAGGGGAAGCGGACAAUGAAGGAUCUUAUCUUAUAUAUCCGAGCAGACGAGGCAGGUCAUCGAGGCGUGAACCAUACCUUGGCAAAUUUGAAUCAGAAUGAUGAUCCCAACCCCUUCGUCAGCGAGUACAAAGGUAGUCGGAGCCCACCCCGACCUACCUUGAAGGCGGAAGGGUUUGAGCGGGAAGAGGUCCUCUAA